CACAAAACCAGAGGUCUUUCAAGCGGACAGGAUGAUCAGUCUAGCGUCGUGGCCGGCCCCGCCUCGUCGGUGGCUUGGGAGAGACUGCUUCUGCUUUUUUUUGGCUGCAUGUCGGUGUGAAAGCGGUGCCUGAUACGAUUUUUUUUCGGAUCGUUUUCUGCGUCGUUCUAUCGUCGAAAACUAAGUUUUUUUUCUCUUUGUGGAAGCAUGGCACCUAAAGGAAACGCAAAGAAGCAGAAUAAGAAUUGGAAGAAGAAGGACGAGUCCGUUACUCCAGUAACGAGUGAUCCUCGUUUUGCUCGUAUUCACAAUGAUCCUCGUUUCCUUCGUCCCAAAAAGAAGGACACCAAAGUCAACAUUGACAAGCGAUUCGCUUCCAUGUUGAGUUCUAAAGAAUUUUCAAGUGGCCCCAAGGUGGAUCGUUAUGGUCGCAAACUCGACUCGGAAAAUGCGGCCAAGGAAUUGCAACGGUUCUAUCAUUUGGAAGAUAAUGAUGAAAGCGAUCAAGAGAGUGGAUCGGAAAGCGAUGAUAACAAAUCGCUUGAAGAAUUGGAAAGGGAAUUGGCUGCCGACGAAGGUAAUCUGGAAGAUGAAGAGAGUGACGAGGAAGUUGCUGUGGCUACCAAACGAUACGAUCCUAUGCGAGGUCAAGGUGUGAUUUCAUCGGGAGAAAGUUCAGAUGAGGAAAUCGAUGAAGAAGAGGAGGAAGAGGAAUCUUCCGAGGAAGAACAAGUCAAGACCAUUGCCGAAGGUGAAGAAUCUCGACGUCUAGCCCUUGUGAACAUGGACUGGGACAAGAUCAAAGCCGUGGAUAUUUUGAAGGUUUUGAAUGGGUUCAAACCCAGCAAUUCCGUCAUUCACAGUGUGACAAUAUAUCCAUCUGAAUUCGGCAAAGAACGUUUGAAGCAAGAAGAUUUGGAAGGUCCUCCCAAAGACAUUUUCAAGGAUAACAAAAACGCGGACGAUUCCGAUGACGAAGAAGUCACCGAAAAGUCCAUCAUCAAGAAUCAGGUCGAAGAAGGUGACAAUAGCGAGUUUGAUCAGGAAGCACUUCGCAAGUAUCAGAUUGAACGUCUCAAGUACUACUAUGCAGUGAUUGAUUGCGACUCUGUGCAAACCGCCAAAACCAUUUACAAAGCAUGCGAUGGCACUGAAUACGAGAGCAGUGCGAAUUUCUUCGAUUUGCGUUAUAUACCCGAUGACAUGGAGUUUGAUGAUGAGCCAAAGGAAUCCUGCACGCAUGCUCCCGAAGACCACAAACCCGCCAACUUUAGUACAGAGGCUUUACAACAUACCAGAGUCAAGUUGACCUGGGACCAAGAUGAUCCAGACCGUAUUCAGCUCAUGCGUCGCGAAUUCACCACGGACGAUCUGAAAGAUUUGGAUUUUGAAGCGUAUCUUGCUUCAUCUUCCGAUGAAGAGGAAGAAGAAGAAGAUGUGGAUGCAUUGCGCGAGAAAUACCGAAAAUUGCUGAAAUCCGGCAACAGCUCGGCGUUUGAUGAUAAGACGGAAGCGGAUGAGGAUGGUGAAGAGGGUGAUAUGGAAAUUACAUUCACUCCUGGUUUGAGUGAAGCCGCAGGUCAAGCUGUCAACGACAAACUCCAUGGUGAUGACGAAGAACAUGAAGAGACCACUAUUGAAAAGUACAUGCGUAAGCAGCGCGAGAGAAGAAAGGCCAAGAAGGAACGACAGAUGAAUAACGAUGAAGCGAUGGAAUCUGCGGAAUCCGAAGAGGAUGAAGAAAUGAAGAACGAUCCCUUCUUCAGAGACACGUUGAAGGAAAUGGAAGAUGAAGGUCUUGUUGAAUCCAAAGACAAGAAGGAGAAGAAGGAUAAGAAAAAGAAAAAGAGCAAGUUAUCAAAGGAAGAACGUUUGGAACAAGCUCGACAAAAGGCGGAAUUAUCCUUGCUUAUGGAUGAUGCCGAAGGCAAGGGUGAUGGUUUCGAUAUGAAGGAAGUCAUUCGUCGCGAAAAGAUGGAAAUGCGAAAGGGCAAAAAGGCAAAGAAGGGCAAGAAAAUGCAAGUGGAGCAAGACGAUUUCGAAAUCAAUGUCAACGAUCCUCGUUUCAGCGCUAUGCAGGAAUCUCAUCAUUUUGCGAUCGAUCCCACCAAUCCUCACUUCAAGAAGACCAAGUCGAUGAAGAAACUGAUUGAAGCACGACAGUCCAAGAUGAGAACGGAUGACAAGCAAGUGGAUGAGUGGAAGAAGGAAGGUCAAGCCAAGUCCAAGCAGGCAACCGAGGAUAAGCCGGCCCAAAAAGACUCGUCCCUUUCAGCGCUGGUGGACGCAGUAAAGCGAAAGGGUGCUUUGUCCCAAUCCAAAAUGGGCAAACGCCAAAAGAUGUAAAUCUAUUCAUUUUGUCGAAUCUGUAUAAUAUUCUCUCAAUUUCAAAUCACUUAGACAACUGUUCUUUGAUCAUAGCAUAAAUUUUUUAAUCAUCUCAUUUCACUAUCUUGUUGGUUUCAGUUUUUUUGCACACCAUUGAUCCAUGCGCAGACACUUAAUAUAAAACCAGAAUCAUUCCGUUCUAAAUGAAGCACAUUUCCAG